AUGUCGACACAGUCUGGUAUAACAGUUUCAGAGGAACUUUCCAAAACAGUCAAAGAUGACACUUCAACUAUACUAAUCAAAGUCUCGCCUGACUCAACUCAAUUGAUUCCCGAAUCGUCCUUCCCUCAACCCAAUUCCAGUUCCCUUUCCUCCAUCUUUGAUGAUUUACACGCGUAUAUAUCUAAGCAAUACCCACAGCCAGUAUAUAUAAUCUUGCCUUACCAGUCAUCCAAGGUGUUUAUAUCAUUUAUCCCCGAUUCUGCUCCCAUCAAGCAAAAAAUGUUGUACGCAUCAACCAAAAAUACGUUGUUAUCAAAUUUGGGUUCGUCCAGUUUCGCUUAUAAAUUAGCUUGGACUGAAUUGGAUGAGUUGAACGCAGAGUAUUUGCAAAAAGUAAUUAACGAGGAUGGUGCUACCGGCCCACUUACCGAAGAUGAAAAGAUAUUGCAGAAUUUGAAUAACAAGAGCCAUAUACAAGGUUACGGGCACGGAUUCAAGAAGGAACUAGCAAGCAUGUCAUCUCAAACGUCAAGUGCUUCUGAUAUCUUGUAUAAAUUUGAUGAUGAAUUGGCAAAUGAGUUUAGCAAUUUAACCAAAAAUGCAAACGACUACCGGCUAUUGGUAUUCAAUAUUGACUUGAGUAAUGAAGUGAUUAAAUUGACCAGCAAGAAUACCAACGUUGAGUUGACUAGCUUGGUGAAGAAACUACAAGAUAAUUCUCCUUCAGGGCCCACUUAUUCCAUCUACAAUUAUGCCCCACAAAAGUACACAUUUAUUUAUAGUUGUCCAUCGGGUUCUUCAGUUAAAGACCGGAUGAUCUAUGCCGCUUCUAAAAACAGUUUAAUCAAUCAUUUGAAAACAUACCUUAAUCAGGACGUAAUUUUGGAUAAGAAUUUAGAAGUGGGAGAUUUGGAUGAGUUGGAGUUGAGCGAAUUGGAAGUCGUCGAUGAUAAUGAUGAGGUAUCAGGAUCAGGAUCUGUUACUCCUGCAUCUACUUCGUCAUCUGCUUCAGCUACUAAACCAUCUACGGGGUUGAAGUUUAGUAAACCAAAGGGCCCACGUAGGAGAUAG